AUGUCAGACGAGUCAAUCUCAGGGAGUGAUCCGGACCUGGACCCGGACUUGGAGCAGGAGGAUAUGGAAGAGGAGGAGGAGGAAGAUGAGGAGGAGGCGAUGGAGGAGGACAAUGAUGGGGAUGACGAGGAGGACUUACUUGAUGAGAAGUCACUUGAAGCCGUGUUCAGCGGUGACCAUGUUGAGCACGCAGAGGAUGGAGAAUGGCAGCGCUCUACUUCAACUACCUCAUCUCAGAGUGAGCGGGCAGAGCGACUCUUGCAGAACCAGCACAAGAGCCUGGCCUCUGAGGACACCAAAAAGAAGAGGGCUCAGAAACCGUCUCACAUGCGGAGGAACAUAAGAAAGCUGUUGCGUGAGGACCAACUGGAAGCCGUGACAAAAGCAGCCCAGCAGGAAGAGUUAGAGAGAAGGAAACGGCUAGAGCAGCAGCGGAAGGAUUAUCCAGCCACUAUCCCCACGGAGUUUCUUCCUGAGGACAUCGUUUUCAGAACAGCAGAGGCUACCCAGCUCCCCCCUCAGGUCCUGGCCGAGGAGGUGAUCUGCCUAGACAGUACCAGCAGUGGCAGUGAAGAUGAUGCUAAAGGAAAAAAUAGCAUUAAAGAUGAAGUGAUUGAGCUGAGUUCAGGAGAGGAUGAUGCCCUCCAAAUUGUGGACAGCAGUGACUCUGGCAAUGAAGACGAGGAGGAUGGCAGUGAAGAGAGCAGUGGCUCUCAUGUGAAUGAUGCCUUAAAUCAGUCAGAUGCUCUGGGGCAAGUCAUUGUCAAUAUCAAUCAUCCACCAAACGAGGAGGACAUUUUCCUGGCUCCCCAGCUUGCACAUGCAGUAAAACCUCAUCAGAUUGGUGGGAUCCGAUUCCUAUAUGACAACUUGGUCGAAUCCUUGGAGAGAUUUAAAACCAGCAGUGGGUUUGGGUGUAUUUUAGCACAUAGCAUGGGCCUGGGCAAGACCAUACAGGUCAUCUCUUUCUUGGAUGUACUGUUUCGGCACACAGAGGCAAAGACUGUUCUUGCCAUUGUACCUGUGAAUACGCUCCAAAACUGGCUAGCAGAAUUUAACAUGUGGCUCCCAGCACCUGAAAAAAUUAACUCCAAAGAGGUCCAGCCCCGCACCUUCAAAGUCCACAUCCUGAAUGAUGAACACAAGACAACAGCUGCACGUGCAAAGGUGGUGAAUGACUGGGUGAUAGAGGGUGGUGUGCUGCUGAUGGGAUAUGAGAUGUACCGUCUCCUCUCACUGAAGAAGUCCUUUGCUACUGGCAGGAAGAAGAAAACAAAGAAACAAGCUGGCCCUGUCAUUAUUGACUUGGAUGAGGAGGACCGGCAGCAAGAGCUUCUGAAAGGGAUUGAGAAAGCUUUGUCUCGCCCUGGCCCAGAUGUGGUUAUUUGUGAUGAGGGACACCGGAUAAAGAACUGCCAUGCCAGCACUUCGCAGGCCCUGAAGAACAUCCGCUCCCGCCGGCGGGGGGUGCUGACUGGCUACCCGCUCCAGAACAACCUCAUUGAGUAUUGGUGCAUGGUAGACUUUGUCCGACCUGACUUUCUAGGCUCACGGCAGGAAUUCAGCAACAUGUUUGAGCGCCCUAUCCUGAACGGGCAGUGUAUUGACAGCACCCCUCAAGAUGUCCGUCUCAUGAGGUAUCGCAGUCAUGUCCUGCAUAGCCUGCUGGAAGGCUUUGUGCAGCGGCGAGGCCACAAUGUGCUGAAGGUUCAGCUCCCAUCUAAGGAAGAACAUGUCAUUUUGGUACGUCUGUCAAAGAUCCAGCGAGCCCUUUAUACGGAGUUCAUGAACCGGUUCCGAGACGCAGGCAACAGUGGCUGGCUGGGACUGAACCCCCUCAAAGCUUUCUGUGUCUGUUGUAAGAUCUGGAACCAUCCAGAUGUCCUGUAUGAAGCUCUGCAAAAGGAGAAUCUGGCAAACGAGCAGGAUUUGGAUGUGGAUGACCUUGGCACAGCAAGUACUAAUUCCCGCUGCCAGCCUCAGGGAAUUAAAGUCAAACCAGAGAGUAAUGCUUUGGCAUCACCAGUUGGAGAAGCUACCAAUAGCAAGUUCCUCCAGAGUGUUGGCUUCAACCCUUUUCAGGAGAGAGCAAAUCAGGUCGUUACUUAUGAGUGGGCCAAAGACAUCUUGUGUGAUUACCAGACGGGAGUCUUGGAGAACUCACCCAAGAUGGUGCUACUGUUCCACCUAAUUGAGGAAAGUGUGAAGCUUGGGGACAAGAUCUUGGUCUUCAGCCAGAGCUUGUCCACCUUAUCUGUCAUUGAAGAGUUUUUGGCAAAGAGACCAAUGCCGAGUCCUCCAGGCUCAGAUGGAGGAGUUCACAACUGGGUCCGAAACAUCAACUACUACAGACUGGAUGGCAGCACCUCUGCCUCAGAGAGGGAGCGACUGAUUAACCAGUUCAAUGACCCCAGCAACACCUCUGUUUGGCUCUUCCUUUUGUCCACACGUGCUGGGUGUUUGGGUGUCAACCUCAUUGGAGCAAACAGAGUGGUGGUGUUUGACGCUUCUUGGAAUCCAUGCCAUGAUGCCCAGGCCGUGUGCCGAGUGUACCGCUACGGGCAGAAGAAGCCGUGCCACAUUUACAGACUGGUUUCUGAUUACACCCUUGAGAAGAAGAUUUAUGACCGACAGAUCUCCAAGCAGGGCAUGUCAGAUCGAGUGGUGGAUGAUCUGAACCCAGUGCUGAACUUCACCCGACGGGAGGUGGAGAACUUGCUGCAUUUUGUGGAGGAGGAAUCUGACCCUGCUCAGCUCUCCCUCAAUCCAAGCAAGAUGAAGGAGUCUGUUCUACAGUUAGCCUGUCUCAAGUAUCCUCACCUCAUCACCAAGGAGCCUUUUCAGCAUGAGUCACUGCUGAUCGACCGGAAGGAGCACAAGCUGACCAAGGCAGAGAAGAAAGCAGCCAAGAAGAGCUACGAGGAGGAAAAGCGAGCAUCCGUCCCCUACACCCGGCCGUCCUACGCACAGUAUUACCCAGCCAGUGACCAGAGUCUGACGAGCAUCCCUGCCUUUAGCCAGAGGAACUGGCGACCAGCCCUCAAGGGUGAGGACAAGCCAGUGGCAAGCGUCCGCCCAGUUCAAUCCACCCCCAUUCCUAUGAUGCCCCGGCAUGUGCCCAUGGGCAGUGCAGGAUCAACCUCAAGUUCCAACCCCGCUGUCAAUUUCCCCAUCAACUAUCUACAGCGAGCCGGUGUCUUUGUGCAGAAGAUUGUGACCACCACAGAUAUUGUGAUUCCGGGUACAAACACAUCCACUGAUGUACAGGCAAGAAUCAGUGCUGGCGAGAGCAUCCACAUCAUCCGAGGGACGAAAGGGACGUAUAUCCGGACCAGCGAUGGGCGGAUUUUUGCUAUCCGGACCACUGGGAAGCCGAAGGGCAAUGAAGACCGUCGGACAGCUGCCUCAGGCUCCCAGAGCUCUUCACUGGAGUCCACAAGCAAUGGCAGACACAGUGCCUCAUCACCGCAGCUCCCCAGCGCGGAGGAGCUCACUCGGCCCAUAUCCCCCGACAGCCCCGAGAUCAUCAGCGAGCUGCAGCAGUACGCGGAGGCAGCGGCUGCCCGGGAGUCUCGGCACAGCUCUCCCAGCCAGCACGUCGAUGCCCACUCAGUGUUGGACUUACGGGGCAACAAGCGCAAGUCGACCUCACCGUCGGCUCCGGAGGAGCAAGCCCGCAGGCAGCAGAAGAAGCGCCAGUUGCCAUCAUCCACGCAGCCCUACGAACACGGGUACCCUGUCUCCGGUGGGUUCGCCAUGCCUCCUGUCUCUUUAAACCACAACCUAACCCAUCCAUUUGCCUCCCAACCAGGAAACUCCUUGUACAUGGGCACUGGCUCCUCUUACUACCAGCUGCCCAAUUUACUCUCAGACCCUCAUCUGGUGUUCCCUGUGACUACUGACCCUCUGCUGACAGCCGGCACCGCCAGCUCUUCUGCUGCUACCUCAGCCACCGCCAGCGUCCCCUCAUUCAUGCUAAACCCUUCUCUGACGGGGGUGCUGCCCAAUUACUCGCUUCCCUUCACGCAGUCACUCCUGCCCGAGCCCAGGAUGUUUGCUCCUUUCCCAGCCCCUGUCUUGCCUAGCAGCCUUCCCAGGAGCAUGGCAUCUGCCUACCCUGGCUACAUGUCCCCUCACUCGGGCUACCCGGCCGGGGGCCUCCUUCGGUCCCAGGUGCCUCAGUUUGAACCCCAGGAGGUCCCAGAGGUGGGAUGCAGCUCUAAUGACGAGGACAAAGACGACGAUGUUAUAGAGAUCACAGGGAAAUAAUGGGCCCAGCUCCUGCUUGGUCUCAGCUCCGCCAGGAGGCAAAAGUUGCAGGACCUUUUUG